UUAAGAUAAGAAAAUAAAUGUUUUACUUUUUCCAAAGUCGUCGUCUCUCUCCAAGUUUUGUGAAUCCACCGUUCAACGUGACGAUGAAGAAAGAGAAGAAGCCGACCCGUCGUUCAAAUCAUCCUUCGUUCCUCAACAACAUUAACCCCAAACCUAAGGUUAGGGUUUUACCUUUAUCUCUUCAAUUUCUUCAUUCCUCUCAUCGAUUCGCGACAACAUGUCUCUACCGGAUUCUCUCCCAUCUUCUUCUUCUUCUCCGCCUGUGACCCGUGAAGAAACCGGCUUUCAUCGCUUUGAACAUCACGGCAACGAUUCCGGUUUUGAUCAUCGUGAUCGUCCACCGUGGAAUCGUUCUGAGUACGAUUAUCGCCAUGGAAGCGUUGUUGCAUCUGAGAACGUCAGGAACAAUUCCACUUCUGAAGACCCUUGGUCUUGCGUUGUCGUCGUUGCUACCUUCUGUAUCUUUGUGUCGAUGACUUUGAUUCUGGGGCUUUAUGGAACAACGAAUGUCUGGUUGGGACCAAACUCUUCGUUUCUUAUUAAGCCAACUUCAGUGUUCGUCCAAAAUGUCAUUGUGGAAGAAUUAGGGAACAAGGGAUCUGGUUUGAUACUGUAUGGAUUGAACCAAGCCCCACAGCUUGAUGUUCUGACUAAAUGGUCCGAAGUUCACUAUCUAGCUGUGCCUAAUGAUUCUUACAAGUAUUGGAUACAGUAUUUGAACAAGGGGUCACGCGUAAAAGUUUCAUACAACGUUGAAUCUGUGGGUUCUUCCUUAUACCUUGUGAUAGCCCAAGGUGUGGAUGGGCUCUCUGAGUGGGUACAAGAUCCGACGCGUCCAGACACUACACUGUCGUGGCAUAUAAUCUCUGAUAGUGGUUAUAUUGAGCAGGACAUAACUAAGUCGUCGAGUUAUUAUGUUGCAGUAGGCAACGUAUACCUGAAUGAAGUGAAGGCGACGAUUGACAUUCAAGUUGAGGGGGUAUUGUAUGAUACUACAAAUGCUUAUUACAAUUGCUCUUUCCCUAACGACAAGUGCACUCUAAGUGUUCCAUUAUUUGGAACUAAUGCUGCUGUACUAACCUCACCAGGUCCAAAGCUGAACAAUUCUAAGAAUGAGUUCUGCGCAAAACUCUCAUAUGAACCAAGGUGGAUUGCAUACAUAGUUUGCAUGGGUGUAGUGACAGCACUCUUGUUAAUUGUCUCGAGUCUCUUCAAUAAACGACAACCAGUCACUGAAGAUGAAACCGUUGAUGAAAAUGAUGAUGUAGCUCCUCUAAUUCCGGGAAAAGACGAUGAUAACUCAAGCUGGUGCUCGUCCUACAGUUCUAUUUUGACGAGUACAGAGGAAUUGGAAGGUGCACAUGGUGAAGGCCACAGUAGUACAAGAUAUCUAUGUGCAAUUUGCUAUGAUGCGCCUAGAGACUGUUUCUUCCUCUCUUGUGGACACUGCGUUGCUUGCUUCCAGUGCGGGACACGGAUAGCUGAAACUUCGGGUUUUUGUCCGGUAUGCCGUAAGAAGAUCAGGAAGGUCAAGAAGAUCUUCAAUGUCUAACAGAGAGAAUGAAUAACACACAAUGCAACGUUGCUUGCUGUUUCUGUUUCCUCGCAUUACCAUAUCCGUUGUAUAAAUGUAAAAGACAAGUGUGGGACGGAGAAAAGCAAGAAGGUUCUGGCGUCUGUGUUACUGCUGUCUGUAUAUGAAAUGAUAUGGAUUCCGGAGUUUCCGCUUCGUUGUACUUGUAACCAUAUUUCAUUGAACCCGGUUGAAAUUUUAUUUUUCCGAUUCGAUAACUGUUUAGCGUCUGGUUUGCAGCGUAAUUUCUUGUUUGUGUAACAACAAAUAUGUCUGACCAUGUAUAGAACUUGCGAAUUUUCACGUUUUUAAUCAUUUUCUGAAAUUUUCCAAUAUUCAUUCAA